ACUUUAGUGGACGCGAUCCCUUAACACCGGUUGUACCAUAUUUAAUGGCAACACUACUGGAGGUGUUGUCAAUAUGACAGCCGUAAACGGAAAUUCUUUUCGUGAGUACUUUGUUUGUGUUAAGACGUUGGAGAGAACGUCAUGCCUUUUGCGCGGUACGUAGAACCGGGGCGCGUCGCCCUGGUGGCCGAUGGUCCCCUUAAAGGAAAGUUAGUGAGCGUGGUAGAUGUCAUCGACCAAACCCGCGCCCUUGUCGACGGACCCGGCAGCGGAGUCUCACGCCAACAGAUCCGCCUCAACCAACUUCAUCUUACGAAGUUCCGCCUCAAAUACCCGUUCACAGCCCCCACGCGUGUGGUUAGGAAAGCAUGGACAGAGGCCAAGCUAAAUGAGAAAUGGGAAGCAAGUCAGUGGGCGCAGAAGCUCGCUAACAAGGAGAAACGCGCUAAAAUGACAGACUACGACAGGUUCAAGCUGACAUCAGCGCGCGUUAAGAGGAAUCGUGCGCGGACUGCAGUGUUCAAGAGUCUAAAGGUGAAGGCGGCGCGCGCCGGCACCUUCGGCAAGAAGAAGAUCCCCAAGACGCCUGCGAAGAAGCCACGCACCAAGAAGCCAGACAGCAAAAAGCCCGCGAAGAAGUAAUUCUUUUGUGUCUGAAGUGUGACUGGGACAGAUCAAAAUAAAGAAUUACUUUUAGCAAA